AAGGAAAGAUUUAAUCUGAGCACAAAUUUACUCAGGUUUUCACAAAAAGUCAAAGCUAAAAAAUGGAAUAUGUAGGACAGUCGAGUAAUGUUAAUGGUGUGGUGUUAUGGUGUGUGUGUGUGUUUCAGAGAGAGGUCUGCAAACAGACAGAGGUCUUUUAUCAGAGCCGGUGGCAGAGUUGGGUCAGAUGGAGUACCAGCUGCUCAAGUUCUUCACCCUGCUAAUAAUCCUCCUCAUCCUCUCAUCGUGCUAUCUGGCCUUUCGUGUGUGCAGUCUGGAGCAGCAGCUCUCCUUCCUCAGUAACCCAAAUCUGCCCCUCAGAGAGAGGUAACCUCUGCCUUCCACUUUAAACCCUCUCUCUUCAAGCUUGGAGCCGAUGAUGCCCCCCUUCCACCCACCACCCCAGCACAGAUCCAGGAUCAUAACAAACCCUCCAUCCCUCCUCGGCUGCAUCAUCAAGGUUCCAGGCAUCUAUAAGGUCCGGGACGACCACCCAACCCAAGAUCACUUCCAGACUAUGCAAACAGACUGUAUAUUUAUUUCUAAACAGAAAGUAGAUUUUGUUAUAGAUUGUCAGCAGUUCAUAUCGCAGAUGUGCUUCAGUGUGAAAAGUGGGGGGAAAAAAAGAUGCUGCUGAAUCCUCACUGCUCUGUUGUGCAGACGGAUGAGAAAGACGUUUGAUGUUAAAAUAUUGAGAUGUAAGUAAAAAGGAAAUGUUUGUAUUUUUUGAUGGUUGCCAGCGUGAGUGAGCCGUUUGUUUAUAUCAAACAUAUUUUUGACUAAUUGAGCAAACUAGUUUAAUUUUAGAGGGAGAGUUAAAACUAGCAGUAACGUUGCACUUUUUCUUGUAAAGAUGAAGUCCGAAUCGUUUCAGCCACAUGUCGCAUCAAGUGUUUUUUUUUUUCUUCAGUAAAAGGUACUCAGUUGUCAUCUUAAAGGUAUUCACAGAAGAAGGUCAUGUGAGCACAGAGAUUUCACUUGUUUCUAGUGAAACAGAGCAAUAAUAGCUUUAAAAAAAAGAGUGGAGUGAUUAGAUAAAAUUUUGUUUUUCAUCACAUUUAUGAAUAUCUGUGUAAAAAAAAAAGUUGCUUGGAUUCUUUUACUCAAACAUUUCAAGUGAAGAUGUUAGUCUUUAAGAGUCAAACAGAGUAUUUGUUUUAUGAUGUUUGUCUGAGGAUAUCUCAUGGAUUUUCUACGGAUGAUGAUGUAUUUCUGGACGCUUUUAAAUUAAAUCUGCGACUACAUUAAAAUGAC